ACUUCGACGGUAACGAGUCCGAUGGCAAUCGUGGGUGGAGCAGCAUUAUCCAUGCCAGCCAAUUGUGACCUCGCACUUGAACGGCGUCAAAAUCAGGGCAGCGUCACUCGUGGCCCCGAAGAGGCAUAGGAUCAUGGCCGCUUUCCCAUUCUUGGCGCAUCUGCGCUCCCCGGUCUUCCUCGAGCGCAGCUUCAUUUUCCAUGCUCGUGUGAACGAUCUCAGCCCUUACAUUCAUUAGUAUUAGAGCCAUCCGUGCUCGACACGGUUCAGAUAUGUCGCGCCCGGUCGACCUCCUCCCUAGGAGGAUAAUCCAGACAUAUUCACCCUUCAGCUCCUCCAGCAGAUCCUCGAAGCCAUGUCUCUUCUGCGCUCAUCAAAUGCUCUCACUCAAAUCCCGUCAAUUCUCGACGACGCAACGCAGGGACGCAACGGUUGGUAAAAUGAAGGCAAUCAGCAACUGGGAUGCCAGACUUCCUAAAAUGCACGCCGUCAAAACCCAAAUGGCCAGACAAGGUGGUGGAAAGACAUCCGCAAUGCCCGAUGAUCUAGGUCGAAUGCCCAGCGCUCUGGUUAUAUCCUCUGCAACCAAACUACCCAGCUGGCUGCCUCCGACAUUCAUCAAACGGGCCAAGAUACAAUGGCUUCGGCUGAAGACCGCAGCACAGGACUGUUUCAGCAUAAUCUACCUGCAGUGGUGGGACGCACCUAAAGACCCAGUCACAGGCAAGAGGAUGAACAAGCCCCUAGAGUUCUCCAACCGAACCGAAAUCGCAAAGGCACUGCACCGAACCUUUAACAUGGCUCUCGCGGCAGGAGACACAGGCACUAUCGAGAAGAUCGCUUGUACCGGUUUACUCAAUAGCGCCAAAUCGCGCAUCCAGCGUCGAAAGAGACUCCGGGCGAAAGAGGAGUGGAAUCUGAGGAAAUACAUCGGCAUCAACUACCCGCGGUUCCUUCAAAAAUGGCCCCUCUCAGCUCUCCUUCCAGGGGCCAGUGUCAGAGUCAUCCAAGACCGUCUUGCACCUCUUCCUUUCCCCAACUCAUCCUUCCGCCAAUGUACCGUCCGUAUCGAUUCGGUUCAGGUAGCCAAGACCGCCUCCAUGUCCCAACGCCAGUUCUUCAACAUCACGGAAUACGUCGUAAUACAGAAAUUGACGCUGCAUGGGAAAGAACAAGAUUGGAAGCUGUGGGGCACCGUGGAGCCGAGCACAAUGGAAGAUAUCGACAAAAUCAUGGGCUCAUCGGCUACCUCGGAGACACUGGCUACGCGGCUCAGAGACAACUUCUCAAAUGCUACUGGAAUGAUGUAAAAUGAUGUCAGUUCUCAACAAUGGUCAUUUGUGAAAUGGCAUCCGGGUUGCAAUCGUAGCCUUCGUAUGAGCUUCCUCAAGCAAGUCGAAUCGUCGACAAGACAUCCUUCACCCUCAAACGCCUUAAUUCCCUGAC